AUGGGGUUCCUCACAUUUCUGAUAUUGCCGUUGCUCCUCCUGGGAAUCAGCGGAAUUAUCUAUAUAUACCGGGAGGUUGUGCGGCUGAUGUCGCGGUCAGCAUUGAAGAAUAAAGUGGUUGUCAUUACGGAUGCCAUAUCAGGACUGGGGAAAGAAUGCUCCAGGGUGUUCCAUGCAGCUGGGGCCCGGCUGGUCCUCUGUGGGAAAACAUGGGAGAAGCUGGAAGCAUUGCAUGAUGCCUUGAUAAGUGUCGCUGAUCCGAGUGUGACCUUCACGCCCAAGCUGGUUCUCCUGGACAUUAGUGAGGUCGAUGAAAUCGAGGCGAUCGGUAAGGAGAUUCUGGACUGUUAUGGCUGUGUAGACGUAUUAAUCAAUAAUGCCAGUAUGAAGAUCAAGGGGCCGGCGCAGAGUGUGACGUUGGAGCUGGACAAGAAAAUCAUGGAUGCCAAUUAUUUCGGCCCCAUCACCUUAAUCAAAGCAAUUCUGCCACAUAUGAUUUCCAGAAGAACCGGUCAGAUUGUCCUAGUGAACAAUAUACAGGGGAAACUGGGAGUUCCAUUCCGGGCCGCAUAUGCCGCUUCUAAGCACGCAAUCCAAGGAUUCUUUGACUGUCUCCGUGCAGAAGUGGAAGAGUUCGAUGUGUUUGUCAGCACUGUGAGCCCCACCUUCAUCCGCUCGUACCACGUCCAGCCAGAGCCUGGGAACUGGGAGGCCUCCAUUUGGAAAUUCUUUUUCAGAAAGCUCUCCUAUGGCGUGCACCCCGUGGAAGUGGCGGAGGAAGUUUUGCGCACGGUUAGCAGGCGGAAACAGGAAGUCUUCAUGCCAAUCCCAUCCCCAAAGCCGCCAUUUAUGUCCGAACCUUCCUGCCGGAACUAUUUUUCGCCGUGGUCGCCACCGGUGUGAAAGAGAAACAUUUCCUGGAGGAGGAGAAAUGA